AAAUGACAAAUAUAGGGGGAAAAUGUUAUUUUCUCUAUCUUAAUUAAACAUAAAGAUUUAACAAAUUGUUGUUCUUGGAAAAGUUUAUUUAGAGUAUAAAUCUCUUUUGCAGCCAUUACAAAAAGGAAAGUGGUCAAAACAAGAUAAGAGUACAAAACUAUUACUCAAACCUAUAGAAGAAAUCGCGUUCAGAAGCAUUCUCGGUCAAAAUGGGAAUUAUGCAAUCAUGCCGAAAGCGAACCAGUAUCUUUAUGUAGAAUCCCAAACCCGAAUAAGCAAAGUAAGGGCAGGACAAACUGAUGAAGAAACAUACACCAAAACGAUGGAUAUCAAAAUCCUAUUACAAACUUUAGAGAGGUCAAAACAUAUUAUGAUUACAAAACAGGAAGAACACCGGAUCAAAAGCAAAUCUGUUCGACCAGUAGAAACGCGCCGAAGUUUUCCUCAAGGUGAUAGAAAGCCUGAGGUCGGUAUGACUACAGUACCUAUCCGUUUCAUGGGAUUUUGGAAAUGCAAGUCCAAAAGGAAAAGGCACAUUUUUGUCGAGUGUUGCUUAGAUACGGAAAUGGAAAGAUGCCGACAGGAACGACAAUCCCAAGGCCUUAAAGAACAGUUUUGCAGUGACAUAAUUCACGCAAAAGUUGGUGACACUUUUAGAGUCGAUGUCACUGAUACAACGAAGCAGACAUACCAAAUUCAUUUUAUCGGAAGAAACGUAGUUCUCAAAAUCAACUUAGAACACCUCUUGAAUAAUGCAGCAAUUAUUGACAUAUACAAACAGCAGCGCAAACUAUGCCACUUUAGCAUUCAAUUUGAUCACGAACGUGAGUAUAGACGCAACUCAGAAACUUAUCAAGAUGGUUCUGAAGGUGAUAUCAAACCUCAGGAAGGGAAAGACACAGUACCUAUCCGUUUUAUCGGAUUUUUGAAAGGCAAAUCAAAGGGACAAUGCAUUAUUUUCGUCGAAUGUUGUUUAGAUACGCAAUUAGAAACUCGCCGCCAGGAACGACAUUCCCAAGGAUGCGAGGAACAGUUUUGCAGUGAAAUAAUUCAUUCAAAAAUUAGUGAUACCAGAGUUGAUUUUACUGAAAAAACGAAUCGAGAAUUGGAAAAACAUUUCGUCGUUGGAAUAAACAAAACUAUCAAAUUCAACCCAGGAACUUUCUGGAAAAAUGGAGAAGUAAUAGACAUUAACAUACACCAGCACGAAAUCUAUCAUUUCAACAUUCAGAUUGUUCAACGGCGUGAUUUGAAGCGCAACUCAGCAAUUGAUGCAUCCGACAGAUGUAGAAACGCUGGUAUGGACAAUGUAAUCAGUGCUGAGGAAAAAACCAAUACCGUUCGUAAUAACAGAGACGGGGAAAAUGAUAUCGCAACACUAGCAAAACAUCACACCGGUUCAAAAUUGCAACCUGAUUACACGGAGACAGGAAGGAAGAUACAUUUAAUUUGUUUUGUGAAACCUUUGCACCACAUAAAAUGUAUCGUAACUGAAUGUUGCUUAAGCUGUAAAACAGUCGAACGUCGACAAUUUUGGCGUCAAGCUGGAUUUAUCGAAUGCGGAAACCCCAAGGAGUAUGAGUUACAAUCUGCAAAAGUCGUUUUUGUGAUCAUUUUUGAAACCAUUCUUGCUUCGAAUCAGAAUUCAAGAAAUGUCGAUUACUUAUUUUUCGACAAAGAUCCGGCAGUUUUGGUCAGAUUGUACCCGAUUGAAACGAACAUCGCUAUCAAUGUCAUAAAUGAUGAUACAAUCAUUGCACAAUUUGAAUUAUCUCAAACAAAGGACGACUGUUGUUCGAAAUCUGACCGGGUUGAGGGCAAACAACUACUGAUGUUUGGACACAAAGUGUCAGAAGUUCAGAUUAGGGUAAACACACAUUCAUACCCAGAAAAACCGACACCUGACAACAGCUCUUCAAAACGACGUACCUCAGAGUUCUUCGUUGAGAUUCAAUUGAGUUGGGUUUUGAAAGGGUUCCCGGACGUGUUAGCAUUGCAAGUGUCUUCUCGAACUGAUGCCAUUUCUAUCAUAAGAAGUGUGUGUUGCCAGAACCCUGAGGGACAGUUUGCAUUUUCUGAGGCAAAGUUAAGCAUUUUCGGACAUACACCUUAUCAAUGCAUGAGUAUUGAUUCCAUAAGAACGAACUUCUAUCUUUAUCAAAGAGGGAUCCGUUAUACCAUUCCUGACCGAUUGCAACUAGACAAACUUUGUGAGCGACGCGGAAGGAAAUCACAUGAAUGUCUUUACUUUUGCCAGAGAAUAUGUUUCUGCAUCGCCUCAACAUCAUGCGCAAUCAGUGAUGUUUACGCCGCUUAUAGACCGGACUCACCAAGCAGAGUUGUCUUUGUAGUGACUGUAGAGGAUUUAGAUAUAGUUGUUGCAUGUAAGAAAAAGCGUAUAUUAGGGUAUGAAGUUCAACUCGCAUCUGAAUGUAAUCAAUCAAAAGGACAGGAAACCGUUUUUGAGAAAGCAUGUAUUGGACCAGAAGACCAAGUCAGAGUGAAACAAUGUAUUUCUAAAUAUGGUUCACAAUUGAUGAAAGAACACAGAAAACUUGGAAUUAUUACUGCAAGGUCGACUAGAAGGAAAACAUGUGGCCGAAACAUGUGUUUGCUGAUACGACAGACAUGUAUCGUUCUCUAUGUACAUGCAAAAGGAUAUAUACCAAUUGAAGAAGAAGCAUUUGAAACACAAUAUGGUGGCAUAGCUAUUGAUGUUCGAUCCGGUGCGUUCCGUCUAUUAAACGACACAAAAUUGCAAAUGGGUAGUCUUAUACACAGACCUGAAGCUGGCAUUGCUGGCACUCUUGGAGGGUUCGUUGACCACCCAAAGCAUGGAUUGUGCUGCAUUUCGUGCGCUCACUGUCUUUUAACUAAUACAGAAUUUAACUACUUAAAAGAAAGAAAAGAAGUAUCCCCUGAAGGUCGAUUAAACCCUGUAUACCAGAAAAAUUCCUUAAUGCCAAUUGGGAAUUUGGUAGAGAUAUUUUAUACUGAGGUUGACAACAUAGCAGGCCAAGUAGGUGUUGAAAUAGCUUUGAUGAAAAUAGACGACAUACACCAUGUGGACGGCAGUUUCGUUUUACAAGCCCCCGAUUUUAAGUUCGAAACGGGAAUAGUUGCAACGGAAUCAAUGAUGCCCUACAUAGGUGAAUGCUUUAAGGUAGGAUGUUCAACAAGCUUAACGCAUGGCAGAUUAUUGCACAACCAGAACUUUCUACAUGUUAGAAAUUACAGUAGCACGUGUUCAGCAAAUAACGUAAUUGUGUCCCUUCAAAAUCAAUUCGAAGUGGAAAAUAUUCCAUUUAUGCCUUCAUUCGCAGAGCCUGGAGAUUCAGGGGCGCUUGUUUUUUUCAUGAAUUAUUGUGGAGACCUUGUUUGUAUAGGUAUGUUGGAAGGAUCAACUGAUGUGGGUACAUUUGCGGUAACCCCAAUUACUGCUAUACUGGGUGCCCUUAACGUACCUCAUCUCAAACAUUUUAAAAAAGAAACAAGACAAGACGACCAACAUAAACUAGAUGUUUUGUAUAAAAUGAUAGUUGAUCUUAACACUAACAUGGAAAAGUCAAAACAGGAAAUUAUUACAGCUAUUAAGCAGAUGCAACAGUCAGUCUUACAACGAUGACCGGUGUAUGAAUUGUUCAGUGUUAAAACGAAGAACAGUGUAUGCUUCGUUUAGUCUUUCAACAAUGAACGCUGUAAUGAUUUGUUUUACCUUACAGCGAUGAAUCGUGUAGUAUUCAUCCAGUCCUAAAAAGAAGAACCGUGCAUGCUUCGUUCAGUCUUAAAAAGAAUUACCGUGUAUGCGGUAAUAGUAUUUCGUGCAUUUAUAAGAUUUAAAUGCCAAUUUGAGUUAUAUUUAGUGCAGCUAAAAUGUGACCACUCUUUGUUUAAAAGAUUUCUCAUUUAUACGUCAUGUGAUUGUAAAUUAACAGGUUCAAUAGCAACAAUGUAAAGAUGCUUUCAAAUAGUCAAUACAUACCUUUUCUAUCCAUGGAGCGUUAUUUAUUUUAAAGAAUUAUUCGUUAUACAUGUUUCAAGGUUUUUUUAUUUUAUUUUUAGUCAAAAGCACAUACAUAUCUGUCACGAACAACUACUUAUUGUCUGGUCUAAGAAUGUUUGUUUUGUGUUCUUUGUUUUUGCCGUUGUCACUGUGUCAUUAACCGGGUUUGUGUUUAAACUUUCGACUAUUGUGCUAUAGUUUUUUUCAUAUAAAUAUUGUACAUUAGGACACGUCGAGUAAUUAAAAAUUAACAAUUUCAUUGGCAGGCAUCAUAAUAAUAUGUCAGUCUCAAAAAUAUUUAAUUGGUGUUUGUAUACUUGUCAAGCAACUAAAAUGCAACAUCUUACUUAAGUAGGCAAAAGCAUAUACUGUAUUAGAAUAUGAUUUUAUUUAUAUAUGCAAUGGCUAACCCAGAAUUACGUAUAUUAAACUGUCGAGUUGACUCUGGCGUAUUAACAGGGUAUGAACAUAUACAAUGUAUGCCAAAUUAAUUUGUAACGUGCAUUCUAUCUUGUAUGAGUGAUGUUUGUAUUUCAACUUAUAAAAAGGCAAUAAGACAACUUGUGGUUCACGGUUCGAAUUUUGAGUUUUGUAUUUAUACCGUUAAAGUCAAUACACUCGCCAGAACGUGAACACGCCUCUCAAGAUCAUAACCUUUUUUAGAACAACCUUGUUUUAUCCUGUUUUGAAAACAAAACCCAGCAAAUAAUUUGUGAAACAUGACAUGUUUACCUUUUCUUUAACCCCACAAAUUUCUAAAAGCAAUGAAUUGAAUUGUCAGAUUCCUAUAACAGAUUAUUGUUGGAAACUCGAAGUAUAGGUUAAAAGAGAUAUUCCUUGCAAGUGUGAUAUUCAUGCAUCUUAUUACCAUUUGUGUAUAAUAUAGUUUUCUAUUUGUGUAAUGUAUGCAUUGCCAUCAUUUGUUCAAUCAAAAUGUUUUGUUUUUUGGCAUGUACAUUAUUUACUUAUUUUUGUAUUUUCAGUUACCUUCUUUACCUGAAUGAACUAAUGGAAUGAAUGAUCAAUGGCUUAUAAACUGUGUGUAACUAAACAACAUUUCUUAUGUAUCAUUUAAUGUGAUUGUUUGCUUUAAGUAAUCUAAGACGUGCUGUGCUCCCUUGCUAUUCCACGUAUAGUGACCCUUUAAAAUAGCAUUGAUACAUUUACAUCGAAACCUACGCACAUAUGUAUCAACACAUGUAUUAUUAUCGCUUUAAUUUUACUCCGAAUUGCAUUUGGCAAUUAGCAGAUAAAAUUGCAAAAUGCAGUGCAUGCAACACUUGGACUUAUUUGGCUCUUGUCAUAAUGUAACCGUUCAUGUCAUUCCCAACGAACGACAGUGGCGGAAAUUGCUGUAUCAAUUAAACGGUGAAUAUUUGGUAUCUGCACGAUACGGUUUCAUUAAAGGUUUUUGCAGCAAUCUUUGUAAAUACGGUUGUCAUUAUCUCAAUAGGCAUGUAUGAAUUAAUUCAUCAUUAUGCCUUGCAAGUUGAUGUGAAAACGAACUAUCAAGCAACUAUUAUACGCAUGUGGAAAAAAAGGGUAAUUACAGACACGGAUUUUGUUCGUUUUUGAAUACUUCAACCUUCCAUUUCUUCAUUUAUUACCUUCAAGCAAAUAUGUUUAUCAGCAAAUUAUGCAAAAUCAAGAAAUUGCAUGGUGUCGCAGUUAUACUGACAAUGUUUUUGUUUGUCAAUACUGUCCAUUUCAUUCGUCUAAUAAAGAAGACCACGCCGUCAGUGAGUGUGUAACGACAACUGUUAUAUUGACUAGAAAAUUGUGACAUUAUUACUUGCAUUGUUAUUGUAUAAGUUGACUUUAUCUAUGUUAACAAUGAAACUAAUUGAGGCACCAAUACAUAUUUCGCUUCGAAAACAAUACAGUUGUGCUGUUAUCAUCCAUUUUACUGUUUGCAAUAUGUCUAGAUAGUUCAAAUAAUAUAUAUGCCGGACAAAGUCGACUAUAAUACCUUACUACCUCUUUCAUUCAAGAAUACAUGGACCUUGCUGAUAUGCUUUAGUAGUUAUUGGCAGAAUUGUAGCCCAUGUUAUGUGAUUAAGUCAUGUAUAAACUAUUUCUAAAUACACAUAUUUUAUAUAACGGAGCUAUAAAAUUGAAUUGAAUUAAAUUGAACAUACAUAUCUCAAUUUCGUUGCAAUUGUUUCCGCAAAUGUCGUCGCAUUUUCAAUGAAAACAGGGCAUCUCAAAAUGAAUUCAAAUAUCACUGCAACGAAAUUAAGAAGUCAUUCAAUGACAUUCUAACAUUCAUACAUAGUUGUUGAAUGAUAGGAACACAUGUAUAUACGAGUAUAUUAUUAGUUAUAUCAAAAGUUCCCAAUGUUUCUAUUCUAGUAUAAGAUGACG